AUGUCGUCCCGUCUAGCUUCGCUAUCGACACCACAGCGCUCGCGCUCUUCCCCAUCCCCCUCGCCGUCUCCUGCCCCGGCCUCCCCUCUCAAGCCGCUGGAGACGACCCACCACCGCAUGCUCAAGCUCGUCAUUGGCGAAGUGCGCAAUGUCAUCAACACAUGGGACGAGAUCAUUCUCCACGACGGCAUGCGCGCCGGCAAGGGGUGUAUCGACGAGGGCACAGAGAUGGACAACAUUCUUCUCCUUCCAGAGGGACCCGAGCGGCCGUCCAUCGUGCCACACAUCGAGGAGAUGGUCAUGGCCAGGACAAACCUCCAGGCAACGCUCACCAAGCUUGAACGCCUUCUCUCCAAGCUCGCUGCCCUCAUUGAACAGGCGGAAAAGGUCUUCUUUGACGCCUGCAAGACCCAGACAUGGGACUUUGUCCUCUCGGAACCGCUGUGGCUGUCGUGGACUCUGGAGAACUUUGGUGAGUGGUUCACCCCAGUUGUUUGGACUUCCUUCAUGCUUUGGAUCAACAACUGCUCUGCCUAUCUCCCUCUCCUCUCGUCACUGACAAAUGCAGUCGACUCGCUCCCGCCCAUCCUCUCCGCCCACGCUGCACAGCUGGCAGAACUGACCGCCCUGGCCGGCAUCCUCCUCUCCCCAUCUACGCCGUUUGAGACGUCCCGCAUCGCCCUCGAGCGGUGGCGCGAUCUCGGCCGCGCAGGCGAGCGGUGGAACAUUGCACACGAGUGGGAGGAGAUUGUGCAGCUCGAGCUUGCGGGGCCGGACCCCGUGUUCGAGGAGGAGGAGAUCAAGCCCAAGCGUCGUGGAAAGCGCUAG